CCCAUCCACAACCCUUGCUAGCCCGCCCGGCCCCGCCUAUUUUUCUUUUUUCCUCUUCCAAAGGGGGUUACACCCCCCACCCCCACCCCAUUUUCCUCUUCCCCCAGCCUCCGGGCCUAAACCAAUUACACUGCUUGGCAAACAAAGUGAGGGCCGGGUUUGGGGGAGGGGGCUUGAUGGGAGGGGGCGCAGGGGCGCGCGCGGCGGCGGCGCGGCUGGGCGGGAGGCGCGGGCUGCCGGACUGGCGGGCGGCCGCCUCGCAGGUGCACCUCAGGCUUUGUAGGUGCGAGCGUCUUUGUGCUGCGGACAAAUGGGGAGAGGACGAGGAGGUGGGCACUCGAGCGACGUAAGAUCCACAUCAGCUCAACUGCACUCAUCUCGCAGAGGCCGCCCGCUCACUUCCCGCGGAGGCGCUCCCGGGCGCCGCGCUCCGCGGCCGCCACCUGCCCCCGCCCGCCGCGCCGCCGCGCACGCCGCGCCCCGCAGCGCCUGGCUUCCUCCUUGCUAGGGUGGCGUUGGGCCGGCGCGGGCGCUCGGGUGAUUGCCGCUGCUCGGCUCCCCGCCCCCAGCCCUGCGCCGCGCGGCUGCCCGUCGCUUUGCACAGGGCUGGAUGGUUGCAUCGAGCAGGGUGGCUCCAGGAUGUUAGGGACUGUGAAGAUGGAAGGGCAUGAGAGCAGCGACUGGAACAGCUACUACGCGGACACACAGGAGGCCUACUCCUCGGUCCCCGUUAGCAACAUGAACUCGGGUCUGAGCACCAUGAAUUCCAUGAACACCUACAUGACCAUGAAUACCAUGACCACGAGCGGCAACAUGACCCCGGCUUCAUUCAACAUGUCCUACGCAAACCCGGGUCUAGGUGCCGGCCUGAGCCCUGGAGCGGUGGCUGGCAUGCCGGGCGGCUCUGCGGGAGCCAUGAAUAGCAUGACGGCGGGCGUGACUGCCAUGGGGACGACGCUGAGCCCGGGCGGCAUGGGAGCCAUGGGCGCACAACCGGCGGCCUCCAUGAACGGCCUGGGCCCCUACGCUGCCGCUAUGAACCCAUGCAUGAGCCCCAUGGCGUACGCGCCGUCCAACCUGGGCCGUAGCCGGGCUGGUGGUGGCGGUGACACCAAGACGUUCAAGCGCAGCUACCCUCACGCCAAGCCACCCUACUCGUACAUUUCGCUAAUCACCAUGGCCAUUCAGCAGGCGCCCAGCAAGAUGCUCACACUGAGCGAGAUCUACCAGUGGAUCAUGGACCUCUUCCCCUAUUACCGGCAGAACCAGCAGCGCUGGCAGAACUCCAUCCGCCACUCGCUCUCCUUCAACGACUGCUUCGUCAAAGUGGCCCGCUCCCCGGACAAGCCCGGCAAGGGCUCUUACUGGACGCUGCACCCGGACUCGGGCAACAUGUUCGAGAACGGCUGUUACCUGCGCCGCCAGAAGCGCUUCAAGUGCGAGAAGCAGCCAGGGACCGGGGGCGGGAGCGGGAGUGGCGGCGGCGCCAAGGGCGGCCCUGAGAGCCGCAAGGACCCCUCGAGCGCUGCCAACCCCAGUGCUGACUCGCCCCUUCAUCGGGGCGUGCACGGUAAGGCUGGCCAGCUAGAGGGCGCGCCGGCCUCCGGGCCCGCCGCCAGCCCCCAGACUCUGGACCACAGCGGGGCGGCGACGACAGGGGGCGCCUCAGAGUUGAAGACUCCAGCCUCCUCGGCUGCACCUCCGAUCAGCUCCGGGCCUGGGGCACUGGUGUCUGUGCCCCCCUCCCACCCGGCGCAUGGCCUGGCACCCCACGAGUCCCAGCUGCACCUGAAAGGGGACCCUCACUACUCCUUCAACCAUCCCUUCUCCAUUAACAACCUCAUGUCCUCCUCUGAGCAGCAACACAAGCUGGACUUCAAGGCAUAUGAGCAGGCACUACAGUACUCGCCAUAUGGCACCCCAUUGCCCGCCAGUCUGCCCCUAGGCAGCGCCUCGGUGGCCACCAGGAGCCCCAUUGAGCCCUCAGCCCUGGAGCCGGCCUACUACCAAGGUGUGUAUUCCAGACCCGUUCUAAACACUUCUUAGCUCCCUGGGACUGGGGGUUUGUCUGGCAUGGCCAUGCUGGUAGCAGGAGAGAGAGAAAGAGAGAGAAAUCAACAGCAAACAAAACCACACAUACCAAGCCGACAACAGCAGUAAUAAAACCCCAACUAUUUUUAUUUUUGUGCAUAAUCUUUACCCCAGUGCAGAAGACUGUUACUUUGUUAUUGUUGUUCAAAACGCCUUGUGUAUAUUACAAAGAAAACCAGUCCCAAACCAACACAAAUUUUUCCUGAAAAGUUUAAUGAUCCACAAGUGUAUAUAUAAAAUCCUCCUACUUCCUUGUCCCUCUCCCUGUCUUCCCUCUUCCCCCUGCAGACGUGUUCUAGUCUGUGCAGGGUAUAUUUAAAAAAGAAAGAAAGAAAAAGAAGGAAGAACGGAAGGAAGGAAGGAAGUCAACCUUGUAAAAUAUUUGUUUGUGCUUUUUUUCCCUCCCCUCCCUCCAACUUACACACUUUCAGGAGUUUACAGGUCUAUGGCAAUACUCUUAACCAUAAGAACUGAAAGGGUGAAGAAACAAAUAGACCCUAGGGCUAUUAAACGUAUUGAAGGACAAUGCUGCUGUUCUGCAGCAAAACACAAACAGAUUAUAAACAUCAGAGCCAUUCAUUUCAGGUACAUUCAGAUAGCAGAUGUCUUAAAAAUAAAUACAUAUACAUCAUAUAUGAACUUAUUUAUGCACACGCUCAGAUAGGUAGACAUCCUCCAUAUAUUCACAUAACAUAUAGAGGUAAUAGGUAGGUGAUAUACAUGUUCUUGAAAGAGUUGCCUGACCAGGAAGUUACAAUGAUACCCCUUCCCCUCCUCUCCACCCAUUUGUAGCCCUGGAAAUUCAUUCCUAAAGAAUUGCCCUCCUCAAUAACUCUGCUCCUUGCUUGCAGAGUGCCAUGGUCAAGUCAUUCUGAGGUCACAUAACAUGUAUAAAAUUAGCUUCUAUGUAUCUAUACCAUUUAAAGGAUAUUUUUUCCAGAAAAAAAAAGGAAUAUUACAAUGUUGGAGGAGAGAUAAGUUAUAGGGAGUUGUAUUUCAACAUCUGGUCCAAGAUUCCAAAAUCCAAUUGAUUGUGGACAUUUUAAUUAUUGCCAUCGUGUGCUUGUUUCAUUCAGUGUUAAUGCACUUUUCACAGUUGGACAUGGUGUUAGUAUAGCCAGACGGGUUUCAUUAUUAUUCCUCUUUGCUUUCUCAAUGUUAAUUUAUUGCAUGGUUUAUUCUUUUUUUCUUUACAGCUGAAGUUGCUUUAAAUGAUGGUUAAAGUUACAAAUUAAAAUGUUAAUUUUUAUCAAUGUGAUUGUAAUUAAAAUAUUUUGAUUUAAAUAAUGAAAAUGACAAAUUUUAAGCCGUGGAAUAUGUUCUUGAUCAUUUGCAGUU